GGAAUUUCCGCGAUAAACAGGUGGGGAUGGCAUGAUGAAGCUUUUCCUUCAAAUACUCCCCGUGAAUCUGUUACAUCUUGUCCUGUCCUUAUUUGCACCAUAGCACCUCUUUCCGCUUGCCCGCUUGCCCGCUACAUACAUACCUAGGUGACAGCACAAUGGCCCCCUCAAGCCUAAAUCAUGAUUCAACCAUCCUCAUUGUUGGCGCCGGUGUCUGGGGAUGCUCCACAGCCUUGCAUUUGGUUCGCCGUGGCUACAAAAAUGUCACGGUUCUAGAUCCUUAUGCUGUUCCCUCCGCGAUCGCAGCCGGAAAUGAUAUCAACAAGAUCAUGGAACAUCGGGAGCCGAAGGAGUCUGAUACCGAUUCCCGCAGCAUUGCCUUUGCAACAUGCACUCGCGCUGCGCUGGAAGGCUGGAAAACAGACCCCGUUUUCAAGCCGUAUUUCCAUGAGACGGGCGUGGUCGUAUCGGGCCACACCCCGGCAUUGAUAGAGCAUAUUCGCGAGACGGAGAUCGAGCCAUCUGUGGCUGACUUUGUGAAGCUGGACACAGCAGAGGACUUUCGCAAGACGAUGCCGGCAGGCGUGCUGACUGGUAAAUUCCCUGGCUGGCAGGGCUGGCUCAACAAAUCCAACGCGGGAUGGAUUCACGCCCAGAAAGCCAUGGUCUCCGCCUACACCGAGGCCAAGCGGUUGGGAGUUAAGUUUAUCACUGGGUCUCCCCAAGGGAAUGUCGUAUCUCUUGUUUUCGAGGGUGGCGAUGUUGUAGGGGCGAAAACAUCUGAUGGGGUCCUUCACCGCGCAGACCGCACUAUCUUAUCAGCCGGUGCGGGCAGUGACCGUCUUCUAGACUUCAAGAAACAGCUGCGUCCUACGGCUUGGACCUUGUGCCACAUCAAGAUGAGUCCUGAAGAGGCCAAGCUCUACAAAAAUCUUCCUGUGCUGUUCAACAUCGCCAAGGGCUUCUUCAUGGAGCCUGACGAGGAUAAGCAUGAGCUGAAGAUCUGCGAUGAGCAUCCUGGGUAUUGCAAUUUUAUUCCUGACCCCAAGCGAAAUGGCGAGAUUAGAAGCAUUCCAUUUGCAGCACAUCAGAUUCCGCUGGAAGCCGAAGCUCGUGCCAGAGACUUUCUACGGGACACAAUGCCGCAGAUUGCGGAUCGACCGCUGUCAUUUGCGCGGAUCUGUUGGGAUGCUGAUACGCCAGACCGCGCCUUCUUGAUUGAUCAACACCCCGAACAUCCUUCGCUAGUCGUUGCCGUAGGAGCCUCCGGCAAUGGUGCAAUGCAGAUGCCCUCAAUUGGAGGGUUUAUUGCGGAUACACUAGAGGGGCAUCUUCAGAAAGAGCUGAAGGAUGUUGUUCGAUGGAGACCGGAAACCGCUAUCAACCGGGACUGGAAAGCAACUCAGAACCGUUUUGGAGGCCCAAACGCGAUAAUGGAUUUCCAGCAGGUCAAGGAAAGUGCUUGGACCAAAAUCAGCGAGAAAAGCCGGCUAUAGGAGACGUGAUACGUAAUUUAGCUUGUCUGCUUUAAUGACUUUUAUUGAGUGGUGUUCACUCGUUCAGUGGAAUACAUGGACUUUCAUACAAUUCUAGCCUUUUUCACUCAUGUCUAAGAUGAGGCCAGUGACGUUCUCACUUGGUGAUGGGCUAUCAGCUUUUGGGGGCUGUGCAUGAAUCGACCUUCUCCUUGUCUAAGUUGUCUCUGCAGAACCGUGUCUAAAUCUCAAACCCCC